AUGGGUAGCCUUAGAACGUCACUCGACACUUUGCGAGGGGAGGUCGAGGCCAUGGCCAAACAGCACCAGAAUAAUGCUGCGCAGAUGAAGAGUGAACUGGAAGAACCGCUUGGUGCCUUUGCUGGGGGGAUGAAGGAGAGGAGGAAGAUCGUGCAGAACGGUAUCGAAAAGCUACUGAAGACGAAGAUUCAGCAGACGCAGCACGUAAACAAGACACGAGAUCGUUACGAACAGGAAUGCCUGAAGAUCAAAGGUUACCUCGCUCAGGGACAUAUGGUCAUGGGCCAGGAGGAGCGUCCACCCUCGGAGCGCAGUUCUCAUCCAGCUUCAGUUCGGCCCUCCAGCCGAGACUCGCAUAGCGAGUAUAGCUACCCUACAUCGCUAUCAAGCCAAGAACCCCCCAGUGGUAAAGCAUCCCCAACCAAACAAGAACAAGUACCACUAGAGGCGGCAACAGAGCGUCGAGUCUUCAAGAAGAGAAGUGGCUUUUUCCAGAACCACAGCCCAUUCCGCCGCAAAAGCACCAAAGAAGCAGCCCAGUCGUCUUCCGGCAGAAAUACUUGGCAUUCUGCAUCUCACGGCGGUCAAUCCAGUCCCAAUCGACGUCCACAAAUCUACUCGAAGGAGACAUCUACGCUGCUCUCAGAUCGUGCAACAAACAGUCCUGAGCCCAUAGAUGCGAAUGCCAGCUUGCCACUAAACGUAGGCCAGAACGUGUUCUCCGUCACAACCCCAGAUAUGGAAAAGAGAAUGGCAAACAAACCGAAGGCCACUCCCGAAGAAAUUGAUCCGAUUGCGUUGGCACUUGCUGAGUUAAAAGGCGUCGGCGCAGACAAGCAAGCAACCGUCAGGGUGUCUGCCGACCGCUAUCACGGCAUCGCUACGCCUGCCCCCGCCCCCAGCUCGCAGCAGUCCUUUGCCAGAUCGGUCCCACCGCUGGCUAGUAACAGCGCUGCAACCGCUGGCCUGAGGGGCACACCCCCACCCUCAUAUGACCAACAAGUACAAAGACUGGGUGUUCCUCCUGCUGCUGUCACUGCCAGGGCUAUGAAGGAAACAUCCCAGAAGUUCACUGAACAAGCACGCUCGGUGUUCGGCUCAGAUAGUCGACCGGGCUCCAGCGGGUUUGCAGGCAAUUCGACAGCACGCACUACAACCAGGGGGCGCGAGGUGCCCAGAGCUAUGUCUCCAGCACCGCCUCGAAGUGUAUCUCCAAGACCCGAUAUGUCCAGCAGUGCCUCAGGAUCAAGACUACUACCGACAAGGCUCUCCAAACGAUGUGGCAAGAUCAGCGUUCCCCGGCACCGUUUCUGCGAGUAUACAAGGUCCAACAGCGGUCCGGCGCAGGUGACAUGUCCGUCAAUGGCGUCUGCUUCGGAGAUGAGAACCAUGAAUCACAUCGAGGUCGGAAAUGAAGCCGGCCGGGGACAAGCUCCAGCAAUCGUGCUAUGGGGCUUUACGAUGGAGGAGGACCCGCGCAAAGCGGUUCGCGUCAGCGAAGUAAGAGUGUUGCUGAUCCUUCGCGACAGUACACUCGAGAUGGCCGUGCCAUUCUUCACUUCGCGAGGGCAAUGCACCAAGAUGAUGGUUGGUGGGAAGCAGAAGUACAUGGCGGUAAUGGACGUGUUGGCCUUGUACCUAGCAACUACCUCCAAGCCUGCUGAAAGAUUACAGAUGGCAGGUAACUGA